AUGGUCAGUUUUCAAUUUUUUUAGUUUCUUUUUCUAUAAAUAUCAUAAAGUUUUAUCUGUUGGGCCAAAAAGUGAGAGAUUACAUAAGAGUACGUCAAGAACGUCAUUAUAGUUAUUGUUUCGUCAAUAUGGGAAAAAACAAAAUAAAAUUUUUUUUCAAAUAAGUUUAAUUCUUGGUUUGGUAGACUCGCGAAAGGUACUUUAUAUAAAGAAUAUUUUAUUGCAGUUGCUCAAUAAAUGAGUUUCCAUAUUUAUGUACAUAUUUUUGUAUUUUUAUUACAUAUAAAUUCGUUACCUAUGACAACACAUCUCUAUGGAAAACCGUAAAUAGCUUAUAGGUAAGCUAAUAGUUUGUUUAUAGUUUGUUUAGUUUAGUUUAUUUGAACAGCCAUGGAUGAACUUAUUACCUUAGUAGCCCAAGCGUUCAUCAUUCUAAGAUGUAUUGGCACGGCGGCGGUAAUGGUUGUGAAGAUGAUUAAGCGGUUGAUCGUCAACACGAUCUUUGUGGUGGUGGCCGCUUGGCAUGUAAGCGGCCAAACCCCCAAGACUGUUGACGAUCAACCGCCGCCGCCGCCGCCGUGCACGGUUGAAAUGCGAAAUCUAAUAAAACGCGUCGAAGAUAUCGAAAAUCCUGUUUUAUUACAAUUGAAGAAGAAGAUAUUGAAAAUAAGGAAAAGAAAAAUAUUAUGUAUUCAAAAUGUAUAAUUGUAGUGUUGGUAAUAAUUGUAUUAGGAUUAUUAUCGACGAUUAUAAUGUUGUUAAAUAAUGAAAAUAAUAGUAAAUCGCAACUGCUUCUGGGAUGGAAAGACGAAGGCGGCCGCAACGAAACAAAUAGUACUCAUAUUGAAGGCGGCGGACUCAUGACCAAUGUUUGGAAAACUAUGAAAACAUUUAUUUCGCCUAGCACCCCAGAAAUGAAAAAUAACAUAACAAAUGCUACGAACUCAAUGAUUAAUGAUAGGAAUAACAUAACAAUUAAUAAUAACAUAAUAAAAUAUUAUAAUUAUAAUUAUUACAACUGUAAUCACACCCUGUAAAUUCUAUAAACCUAAUUAAUAAUACCUAUAAUGUUAGCAGCUGUUCCAGAUAUAGAUGAUUUUAAGUAUAAAAACGUUUAAACUAGCAAUGGCAAGUAAUUUAAAUAAACGAAUGCUAUAAACAUGUCAUUAAAUGCGAACCAAUACUUGUAAUCGCCCGAAAAUACCGGUACAUUAUCUAUUUAUCUAAUUGCUGCAAGUUUUUAACAUCGCAACUCCACAAUGUUGUCGUUACGAUUUUUCCGACAUCGUCAGACGUCAGUGUAGUUUUCACUUUACAUACCAAUAUACCAUAAUAUUAUUUGAUUUACUAAUUUUUUGUGGUUUAUUUUAUUUUAUUUAUUUAUUAAUAGUAAACGCUCGCAAAUGCUUAGAUUUUAGUUUAUAUAAGUUGGAAGUAACAUUGAAUGAAUAACUAAAAGACUAAGAACAAAUAUUCAAGUACCUAACAUAAUAUAAUAAAUUAAAAACAAUAAAAGCAUCUUAAAGAAUAAUUCAAUCAAUGUUUAAUGCAUAGACUUAACCUAUCUUUUAUAGGUCUAUAGUUCAAUGUUAAAUAAUCGUAUCCAUUAUAUAACCUUAAUACAAUUUAAAAACCAUGACGAACUUAAUUAAAUUGCGUUAAAAACUAUUACAUUUUUAUUUACCUAAAUAAUGGCUUAUUCAUUUUAUACAUCAUAUUAUAAUAAUCU